CAGAACAAAACGUCAACGUGUUGUUACCGGAGGUGGAAUGCAAACGCUCUGAGGCAACAUUUCUUUACAGCCGAUCACCAUCAAUCGUCGGACCCCGAAAGCGACUAUUUACCCUUUCCCGAUCGUAGUAAAAUAGAGCGAUUAUCGAGUGCACCAUGGACAGGUAGCGUACUGCACAGGUUCGGUUCGAUUGUGGAAACACCACCAGCGAUCGGUGCAGCCCAUCGGUGCAGUCCGUUCCUCCUCGUGGUGUUAGAUAGCGAAGAGUGUGGCACAGUACAGAAUGGACGAUGAGGACGAUCCCGUCGUGGAGGAGAUUCCCGUGCACCUGUCCAAAGCGCUAGCGGAAAAUCUGUACGUACUGCAGUAUCCGGUGAAGUCCGCCACAGCCACGUUCGACGAUGGCCGGGUGGUGAAUUGUUGCGUCAAGCCGAUAAAUCAACAGAUCAAGGUAGACUAUGCGCUCGACACAGCGUCCCGGCACUACGACGCCUUCAAGGGCGAACAGUUUGCGCUGGCGGCGGACGGGAAGCAGCGCGACAAAACGCAAAAGCUCACGUUCCGCAGCGGCACGAUGGACAAGCAGUCGUUCCUGAGCGCGAAACCGAUCGAGGACGUCGGCCGGUAUCUGGUGUGCGUGAUGCAGGACGGCGAGAUGCACGCGACCCCGCUCAAGGGCAUCGUCGCGAUGCGGCAGAUGUUUUCCUACUUCGACAAGCAGGACACGCGCACCAAGGCCGAACAGAAGGCGGAGCGGGACGCGGACGGUGCGGCGGACGACGAGGAGCUGACGCAGGUGACGGUAAAGUUUGCGGAAAACGAGCGGAUGCGCAAGGCGCGGGAAAAGUCCUUCAACUAUCUGUCCGAGAUGGAGGCGGAGGAGCCGUGGUGCGAAACGUUCUGGCACGAGAAAACCUCCUCCACGGCGGAGCUGGAAAAGCAGAAGCUGUUCAGCGGCACCGGUGCGGGCGGAAGCGGCCGGCUCGCGUCGGACAAUGCGGCACUGAACGUGCGACCGGCGGAGUACAUGGAGCUGCUGAUUAGCAAGGAGAAGACGGACCGUAACAUCGACUCCCUGCUGCCCAGCAAGGUGGUGUGCAUGCACAAACUCAGCCAUCUGCCGCUAGAGGAUCAGCUGAAGGUGCUCCUCACGGAUGCGAAAGUGAUCACCUCCCAGCAAAUAUUCGACCUGCUGCCAAACCGAACGCUGCCGCCGGAGAAGGUGCGCCGGGUGCUGAUGAAGGUCGGCUGGCUGAUCCGGGGCAACUGGGUCGCGCAGGCCGAGUACGUCUACCCGGACGGCAGCGUGUCCGGCACGAACGGCGUCACCGCGGAGCAGAUGCGCAACGCGCGCGACUACAUUCUCUACCGCUUUACGAAAUGUGAUAGGCUCGAGCGCUCCCAGCUGGUCACGAUCACGCAGCUGCCGGUCGAGGAGAUACGGGAGAUACUGUGCUCGAUCGCGAAGCUCAACCCGGCCGACCGUACCUGGAGCAUGCUGCUGCCCUCGAACGAGGCGUCGCUGUGCGUGGAGGAGCAGGAAAUCUGCGAGCGGCAGGCCGCCUACUGGAAGGCGCGCACCGAGUUCUUCAACGAGAUGGAGCGCAAAAGCAACAUCGCCGGCAGCAGCAGCGGCGGCGGCGGCACUGGCGGUGGUCCCACAUCGAAACGGGUACGGAAGCGUUCGACCCGUGACAGUUAGCCUACCACGGCAGCAGAUAUUUUGUAUAGAACGCCUAGAAUUGCUUUAACAAUAAGUAAGAAGUGAGUGCGCGCAUAGCGGCCAAUGCGAUUUCGGUUUCUCUGCUCGUUUUCUUGCGUGUGACAUGUUGGAGUUGUGUUUUAGUUCGUUUUUUUUUCUGUGGAAGAACGUCACACACACACACACAGGACAGGCAGGGUUUGAUGAUUAUGUUGCUAUACCCCCAUCCUUUUAUUUAUACGAAAAAUUACACCACGCGCGGAAAUAGUGGACAACAAAAAUACAGAAAUCCCGAACUGAAA